AUGGAAGCACCACUGCCAGAAGAGGGGCACUCGUCUUCGUCUUCGAUGAGGGCGGGGCCUGUGGUGAGAAAGAUGCGCUUAUGCAUCUUUCCCAACGGCAAUUUCACGAAUGGCGGAGGGAAGGUGGUGUCGAUUGGGAGCGACGCAACGUGGGCUGAAUUCAAGGCACGGUGUCUGCGCAAGCUCUUCUUAUCUGCUUCGCUCGACGCAGCACACGAGCAGCAAGAGGCAGUGUCAAAUCAUUCAAAAAUUGGCGAAAAUGAAGAUGAAAGCGAUAAAGGGAAGAGGAGCCGCCCUUUGGCCAUGUCAACGACCUCGCUUCGCAUCGAGCGGGUGUGGUUGGCCAAUGGAGCCGAGGUAGAGUCCAUGGACGAGCUGGAGAGCGGUGACGUGCUCUAUCUCUCCAUCGAUCCGCGCCAACCCUUCAUCCCGCCUCCGCCCUCGCAUUCUCAUUUUCAUCUGCCCAGAUCCUCUUCCUCCACAGCUCUUGGCGACGUCUAUCAGCAGUUACCCUAUGAUGAAAUCGUCGGAGUGAGCCGAUCGCGCAGGAAGAACGGCUUCAUCCUCCACUCCUAUCCACUCAAGAACCCGAAUCAGGCGCCCGGGCUCAAUAACGACCGAUACCUGAAGACAUACGAGUUCAUAUGCCCGAGCGAGGAGCUGCUCUUCACAUGGCUGGUGUCGGUGCGCACGGUGCUGAAGCAACCCUUCUUCGCCCCGUCCGCCGUACCACUCGCGAGCGAUGCUGGCGCGUCGGGCGACGACGGUCAAGACGAGCGGCCACCAGUCAACGGGAUCCCGUCUCGGCGACUGCUGGUGUUCGUCAACCCCUUUGGCGGUACCGGCCUCGGCAGAAAGGUGUGGAAGCAGGUGCGACCCAUGUUCCUCGUAGCCAACAUCAACCUGCACCUCGUCGAGACCAAGUACGCCGGUCACGCCGGCGAAGUGGCGGCGUCGCUGGAUAUUGAGAAAUAUGAUGGCAUUGUGACCAUCAGCGGAGACGGGCUCCUCCACGAAGUGGUCAACGCUAUCCUCAGAAGGCCAGAUUGGAAGGAGGCCGUGAAGGUGCCGCUGGGCAUCAUCCCCGGCGGAUCCGGCAACGGCCUCGCGGCGUCCAUCAGCUGCUUCACGCCCACACAAGCCGCCUUUGCCAUCGUGAAAGGCAAGUCGCGGCCAUUCGACAUGUUUUCCAUUCUGCAGGAGGGCCAGAAGAAGAGGUUCGGAUUCUUGGAUGUGGCGUGGGGCUUCAUCUCCGACGUGGACUUUGACAGCGAGGUGUUCCGAUGGAUGGGCAAGGCUCGCUUCACGGUGACCGCCAUCGAGAAGCUGGUCUCCAACGACAGCUACCGGGCACGCAUCUCCUUCAUCCUCGCCGACUUCGUCCAGCAGCCGUGCGUGCAGAUCCACUGCCCAGUCUGCAUCGCCGGGAGCGGCAUCGCGGUCGAACCCGAGAAGCUGUUCCAGGGCCUGGCCGACGAGUCCGACGGCGAUCCGACGGACGAGGACGACUACGACGGCAGCAAGGGCGGCAGCGACGGCCAGGGCGCGCGGCAGACGCGGCUGCUCGUCAGCGACGAGGAGAAAUUCGACGAAGAGGAGGAGGUCGGGCCGGGACUGCGCUACAUCGGCCGACGGGCGGCCAAGGCAAACUGGAAGGUCAUUGAGGACAACUUCUCCCUGUUCGUGGCCUCCAACGUGCGCGGCAUCUCCACCGACACCUUCCUCACGCCCUACGCACAUCUUUCCGAUGGCUGCUUGGAUGUUUGCUUCAUGCGAUCCGCAUCUCGUGCCAACCUCACCAAGGUGUUGCUCGAGAACGAAAAGGGCGACGGUGCUCAUCUCGGUAUCGAGGGGGUGGAGUAUGUCAAGGUGAAGGCGCUCGUGAUCGAGCCGCUGAUGUCGCCCCGGGCGAAGAAGAAGGUGGGCAAGAUGGGUGUCGACGGAGAGAUCCUCCCACCGACAGCUGUGCAGGUGGAGGUGCACCAGGCCCUCCUCUCCCUCUUCCACCCCUGCUGCUGA